GGCUCUCUUACUCCGGAUGUAAACAAAGACAUCAGUUCACCUAUAGGUUGUCACUGCCGAGUAUCACUUGCCACCUCAGCUGGGUUUGUUUGGAUUCGCAUAAAACACACAACAUUUGCUUCCACCUCCCAGGAAAAUGAAUAGAAUGGCUUCAAGGGGAUGUUACAUCGACUGAUCGUCAUUUUUUAAAUUUUCUGUUGAAGGAGUGGAGGGAUAACCACAGUUUACAAAUUGUGGUCGUGGUAUUGAGUUAGCUGAGGCCCAGUCUCAGUGAAGACCAUCAGUUAUGACUGCCACAACCAGUGAAGGGAAGGCAGCCAAGAUGCUUGAUGCUCUACAGAGUGAUCUUAAAUCUUUAUGUAUGGAGACAAAGAAGAGGUACCCACAUAUCAAAGAUUCGUGCGAAGAAGCAAUCAUCAAGGUGCGGGGAGCCUCAAUGAACCCUCAGUCAUCCUUGUCGCAGAUUACCUCCCAGAUACUUUAUCCUCUUGUCCAGGCAGCAGAGACCAAGGAUGCCAAGAUUGUAAAGUUGGCUUUAGUGCUUAUGCAGCGGCUGAUUGUAGCAGAUGUUGUAGAUGUGAGUAGCGGAGAACAUGUAGUGGAGACGUUAUGGAUGCUCAUGGAGACAGGUAUUGAGGAACUGAAGGUGCUCCAGACUGUCACGCUUUUACUGACCACCAGCACUGUCAUUCAGGGACCAAAUCUUGCUAAGGCUCUUGUUCUGUGUUUUCGUCUACACUUCACAAAAGAUGCAACGGUUGUAAAUACUGCAAGUGCAACUGUCCGACAGCUUGUUAGUGUUGUUUUUGAAAGAGUAGUGGCUGAAGAUGUAAAACAUAUUAAAGAAGAAGGUCUUUCCAGAAGCACUGAGGAUGAAGCAGAUGACCAUGUUAACCUAGAGGAGUUGAAGGUCCUGAGUGCCAACUCCCCUAAGACACUGAGACCUGCUGCUGCUGAUGCUUAUCUAAUGUUUCAGGACCUGGUGCAGUUAGUGAACGCUGACCAACCUCUGUGGCUUCUUGGCCUCACCGAGAUGACCCGAACGUUUGGUCUGGAACUUUUGGAAUCCGUCCUCACCACAUUCCCAACAGUUUUUUAUAAUCCAUCAAUGACAAUCAUAGUGAACAUCUUGUGCGACUCGCCUUCCAGUGCUUACAGUUGGUUGUUACAGACUUCUUACCGCUCAUGCCAUGGGCCUGUCUGCCUCUCACUGUUGAUACAGCAGCUAAGUUUGGUUCUCAGACUCAAGAACUGAACAUCUCCCUUACUGCUAUAGGCCUUAUGUGGAACAUCUCAGACUAUUUUUACCAGAACCAGGAAAAGCUUCGUGCCUCCCUUACAUCAGAUAAUCAGGUGUUUCCAGACUUCCCAGGAGUUCCCAACAUGCCUCCUUUUGACAAACUGUGGAUGUGUCUCUAUGCCAGACUAGGUGACUUGUGUGUGGACUCGAGACCUGCAGUUCGCAAGUCAGCAGGCCAGACACUUUUCUCCACCAUUGCCGCCCACGGUGCUCUGCUUCAUAAUCAAACUUGGCAGGCAGUCUUGUGGCAGGUACUAUUUCCAUUACUCGACAAAGUGAGACAGUUGUCAGAUUCUGCAAGUACCGACAAGGUGGACCAAGGAGGCAACAUACUUAUUCAUCAUUCUCGAAACACACAACAAAAGCAGUGGGCUGAGACACAGGUUCUGACGCUAUCAGGUGUUGCUCGAGUGUUUAGUACAAAGCAGAAGAUCCUCCAAGGUCUGGGGGACUUUCCUCGAGCAUGGGCUCUUCUUCUGGAUUUUAUUCACACUGCUGCCCUCUCCAAAAGUAAUGAAGUGUCAUUAGCAGCUCUCAAGUCCCUGCAAGAGAUGCUUCAGGCUGGGCGGUCAUCUUCAAUAGCCUCCUCCAGCUCUGUUGAUGAUCCAGGUUCUCCAUCCCACUUACAGCCACCCAUCCCUGAAGACUCCAUUGCUAAUUGGAACACAGCAUGGAAGGUUUGGCACACCAUUGGUACUGAAGUGACCAGGCCGCCUCCUGAUGAAGUGACAAGAGGAUCAGAUGCAUAUAUCCCCUCACAACCUUUCCUCACUGCCUUAGUUCACAUAUUCCCACACCUCUUCCAACAUAUCAAACCACGCUUUGUUGUCAGUGACUUCACUCGGUUGGCGUCUGUUUUACUGGGCUGUGUGUCAGUACCAGUACAUGGAGACUCAUCGCCCUUCAUCCUCCCUUCCUUCACUGAAGUUGUUGUUACCCCUCUCCAGGAGGGCAUAUUACAAGCCUUAGCAGGUGUGGAGAAGGAGGUAACGGAAGGUAAUGGAACAACACGAUCAAUGGUCCCACAGUUGUUCACACUCCUCCUGCAGUUUUCCUCCUACAGUUGUCAAGCCCCAAGUUAUGGCAAUGUUCUUACAAGACCUCACACCACUAAGGGAUCAACUGACUGGGUGACAAUGAACUUUGUGCCAUUUGCUGAGAGAUCAAUGUCUAUGGUGGUGUCUCUCUACCAGAAAACUUCCAACUGGGAGGAAGUUAUAGAGGCACAGGUGUUGAAGAAUAUUAUCCAGGCCACUAUAACACCCCUACGUCUGAAAUAUCGGUGUCCGGCUCAGACAACUUGGAAGUUAGUCAUCACAACACUACUGACGGUGCUACAGGAGGGGCUACAGCUGGCCCGAGAAUAUCCUGUUCACUUUAGAGAAAUGUGGCCAAUUUUAGGCACGGCUCUGGACAGUUUUCUGUUUUCAAACAGCCCACCACCAGCAAAUCAGAGCAGUGAAGAUGCAGAGAGAGACGAGAACAUCGACUGUCAGGUGGUCGAGUUGAUACGAGAGGAGAUUCUGCCGUAUGCUUCUGCCACACCAAGUGACUUUAUAGUGUCCAUUAUGGUGCUUCUGAAUAAGGGUUCCAUAGAGUCUGCAUCUGGCACUGAUUCUGAGUGUGAAGGAUUCAAGUUGCGAGAGGAGUUUGCUAAGACGUGUUUUGAGACUCUUCUUCAGUUCUCCCUCCUCACACAGACAGAUUUUGAUCCCAACCUUGACAAUUCAGGGAAGGCAGGGACAAGCAAGGCCCCAGAAACAAGCAAUGGUUACACACCACAGGACUCUGCUGCAAAUAUAGGCAAGUGUGAGUCAACACAAGUUACUACGAAGUUGGCAGUCACUUCUCUCCUGCACCGGUUUAGAGAAGUUCUCGUUAAAUAUGUGGAUGAUGAGAAGCUCAGUGGGAAAUGUCCCUUACCCAGGCACAGAGUAGCUGAGAUAAGUUUUGUAUUGAAAGCCAUAGCAACUCUGCUAUCCUCCCUCAAGAAGGCACCAGUGGAGAAAGUGGACAGCAUGACCUGGACACAGCUGAUUGGUCUAUACCCUCAUCUUGUGGAAGUCGGUGGGGCAAGCAGCAGUGGCACACCUCAGCUGUGGCGAUCACUCAGGGAAGUUCUCCUACAAUAUGCUCAGCUGUUACAUCCACCCUUGCCAUCUACCACUAUGGAUGCCAAUGAUAAUACACAUGUUGGUCUCAUUAAUGGAACUUAAACAAGUUGUUAAGUGAUAGUGAAUUCAGAAUUUUGAAGUUUGUGAGUAAAUGAAAAGUGACAGUUAUUGUAUAAAGAAUUUGAGAAAGCUUGUAUUUUGAGUUAGUUUAUCUUAGUGCCACAUGGCUGGAGUUUCUAGAUUCUUGAGGUAAGUGCAGUGAGGCACUUGUGUGAUGACCAGGUUGUAGCAAUAAAUGUAUUGAUCCAUUUGUUGGUGGGGGUAAUAAAAAUCUGAUUAUUAUUGAAGGCCAAGUUUGGAGGAGAAAGUCUGAGGUUGACAAUAUAGAACAGCUUUUAACUUUCGUGUUGAAUUUGAACCCCUAGAUACUUUUUCAUUUUAUAAACAUUAAAAUGUGUGCAGUAACUUAAAGAAAAUGUAUGAUUAUGAUUCAGUGUUGAAUUUCCCUUGACCACAUGGCCUUUGCCCAAAAUUCGAUUUGUCAACCACAUGGGACAGUGUAGCACUAUCAUUUGCUUUGAGCAUUUGUUCUAAACAUCAGCUCACUUUAUGCUAUUUAUAAACCAUUUGCAAACUCUUUGUAAUGUGUGAAGUCACUUGAUUAUAAUACCACAGAAAAACUUG